CUCAAUACAGGUUCCAAUGCUUAACGAUUCAAAAUAACAUUUUUCCGUGUUCAUAGAAAUAAAUUCUUCGCAACCAAAAUUAACUUUUCUGUCUUUAAAACCAUGCCUGCACACAGUACCAGGAAGCGCCACGUCAACGAUAAGAAAGCCGACUUCACACAGCCAACCAAGGAGCAACUAACUCAACCCCAAGCGCUGCAAAAAAAGCGUCAAAUCAAGCAACGCCAGCAGCUGAUCAGGAACAAGGAGAGAAGCAGGCAGGAGAAACAGCGGUCGCGGGGACGGCGCAAAGCGAUCAAGCAGAGUGUCCUCAAACAGAUCUGUAGCUUGCCUCCAGAGAAGGUUGGGGAGUCCGCUCCCGCGAAUGUUAUGUACAGGAACCCCCAUUUCGGCCUAGUGGCCGAUCCAUGCACCCGAUCAGCUUGUAAGGUAUGUCUUUUGGGUCAUCGACCCAAUGCUUUUGCAACAGGUCCGGGAAACCACCUGAAGGCCAAGGCUAGAAUGUCGACCGACAUCAGAACAAAACGCUCGUCUGGGGCAAUGAAAAAAAGGCAAAAUGUCUUCGACGUGGCUGUUCGGAGGGCCCUGGAGCGCCUCGAGUACAAUUUCAAUCUGAUGAGUCAGCGGAAGAGCUCUGGCAUGUGCAUUUGUACGCUGCACAGUGGCCAGCUCUAUAAGAUCCUGAUGGUGCCCAGCGGACUAGGGAGCAUCAGCUUUAUUGCUGACAUCAGUCGCGAGCGCAUGCUGCGUGGACGCCAAGACGGACCGUGCUUGCCACCUCCGCGUAAUGCAAUGCGCAGGGCAGCGGCUGACUUCCACCGGAAGCUGAUGCUUCCCAGUACCAAGCGACGCAACCGCAACAAACGCCACUCAUUGCAUAUGGGCAGGAAACGCCAUUUCUAAAUUUUAGUGCUCGAGCUCAAUUAAUAUUUGACGCGAUUUCACACAAAGGCGCUUCAGCGAAUGGUUUCCGUUAAUAAAGAAUAAUUUCAGCCGUUGAUGAAGCCAAUCCAUUAUUGCUGGUAAAAAAUUAAUGAAGAAAUUGUUCAAAUGAAGAAGUCUAUUUGAUUAAAAGUCAUGAUGCCCCAUUCAUUCAUAUAUAUUAUAUAUUUAAAUAUCAUAUAUAUAUGUAGGAGAGAAAAAUAAAAGAGUGGCCAAAUUCUUAUUAA